AGCAAGGAUUGAACGCGACGCGGAGGGAGAAAUGUUUGGUGCUCAAGAAAUCCUCAUUCUUAACAACGUAAAGAUUAUUGAAGUCCKUUUGRAUAAGCAUCAAUAGGAUUUCUUGAUGCUGCCGUAUAUAACAAAGCAUGGAUAGUCUAGGAUCGAGCGUAGUUGAGGAUAGCAAUGCAACUUCAGCUCCCUUGUCAGACAAAUAUUGCUAUCAGAGAAACCUGACAAACAGUUUCGCUCAUUACGACGAUAUAGAUGGUGGAGUGCCCCAAAUCUUUGGUCUUAACUGCUUAGGAUGGGUUUUGAUUAUACUCCUGUUCUGUAUCAUUCGCCGAUUGGUUUGGGACUAUGGAAGGCUUGCUGUUUCUCAGAAAGAAGAUCAAGGGUGGACAUCAGUGUUUUAUGGCUUGAGAGCAAGCAAUGGUAAUAAUAAAAAUGGAUCCACUCAAGAACAGCCCACUAUUAAGUUUCCUGAAGUCAAAAAUAAGGACCUAUUGUCAUGGAUACCAGUUUUGUUCAAAGUUACUGACCAGCACAUUCACAUGAAGUGUGGAGUUGAUGCAUACCAGUAUAUUCAGUUUGAAAAGCACCUCAUUGUCUAUUCCACUAUCAUAUUUUGUCUGUCCAUUGGUAUAAUCCUCCCUAUCAAUUACUCUGGGACAAUGGAGCCAUAYAGAAACAGUUUUGGAGCAACAACAGUAUCCAAUCUUGAUCCAGACUCGGAGAUGUUUUGGCUGCAUUCCAUGUUUUCUUUUAUUUACCUGGUCAUAUUGGUUGUGAUUCUUCGCCAUUUCAUGUCGCUAUUUAAUUUUGAAAGUCAACAUGAAUCAACUCACACCGUGAUGAUCACUAAUAUUCCAAAGAAUGUCUCCAAGGAACUCAUUGAGCAGCAUUUUGUAGAGGUCUACGAUGAAACUGAGAUAGAAGAAGUACAACUUGCAUAUGACUGUGACAARCUAACCCAGGUCCAAAGAAAAAUAYUGGCUGCACGACUUGGCAGASAACACUGUGAAGAACUUUACCAGCUAUCUGGAGAACGACCUCAGACUACUGUUAGCACYAAUAAGUGUUGUCCMUGUUCUACUUGUUAUGGUGCCAAACAUGUUGAUGGCAUUGAAUAUUUUACCCAAGAAGAAGAAGAGGCCAAGGCAGAGUUUGAACAGAGGAAGCAGUCGCUAAAGAGCUUGGGUGUGGCAUUUGUUACGUUUGUCAAUGAAUCAACUGCUACAAGGUGUCUCAAAGACUUCAAUAUUAUUAAACAUGGCAGCCCUGAGUCAUCAGUAUCUCGUAAGAUCUUCUCUGAUCACUGGAAUGUGAAGCCUGCACCAAAUGCUGCAGAUAUCUUGUGGGAGCACYUGUCAGUUGAUCCUGAGAGCUGGUGGGCAAGAACCUUGAUCAUCAACAUUAUAUUAUUGAUCUUUGUGCUGUUUGUUACCACACCAACUGUCAUGAUCUCUGCUGUCUACCAGAUCAAGGCUUCUAUCCAGGCAUCAAAUCCAAAGUUGAGCAUUCCUCCAAAUCCAUUCUUCACUCAGUUUCUUCCUACCAUUAUGUUGUGGACUUUCUCUGCUAUUUUGCCAACCAUUGUGUCAUAUUCCAGCUACUUUGAGGCACAUUGGACCAGAUCAAAAAGGGAACAUUCUGUCAUGAUCAAGACAUACAUCUUCCUAUUGCUAAUGGUCAUAAUCCUUCCUUCAUUGGCUUUAACAAGCUUCGACACCCUUGUCAGACUCACCUUCACUGGUCAUAAGUUUAAAAACCAGCUGGCGUGUGCCUUUCUUUCCAACAACGGUGCUUUCUUUGCCAAUUAUCUGGUCACAUCAGCUUUGAUUGGUACCGCCCUCGAACUUUGUCGUUUUCCAGAACUAGCUCGGUACGCAGUGAAUAUGUGUUUUGCUAAACAUGAAGGAGAAAAAAGACUGGUUAGACGGGAAGCUGUMAACGAGUUCGCAUUUGGUCAUCAGUAUGCAUGGAUGAUUGUGAUCUAUUCCGUCAUGGCUGUGUACUCUAUUACRGUUCCUCUUGUAACACCUUUUGGUUUACUGUACCUGGUAUUAAAGCAUCUAGUGGACCGCUACAAUUUGUAUUUCAACUAUMGAUCACCCGCCUACAAAUAUGUAGAUCCCAGUGUCCACACRACCGCGGUAUCAUUUACCGUCAUCUCAACUUUCUUCCUCAUGCUGUCUAUCYUCAUGUUUGGAAUCGUCAGAUUAGGUAUUAACGACCCUCAGACUAUCUUCACGAUUUUCCUGGUUGUCAUUACYGUAGUUGCACUGAUUGGACGACUGUGUUUUGGUCUUUUUAAGAAGAUUGGCCCAUUUAAGCAAAGAGUGCCUACUGACGAAGAGGAACAUAUCACAGAGGUUUAUAUGCCGGAAGCMUAUCUAGCCCCGGUGUUGCGAACUAAAGCCGAUACAACGMAUUCUGGUGAUGACGUAAAUCCCACUCAACUCACAAGGAGAAAAACAUACGGUAGCACCAGUCCCCAGCCGGCCACGGAACACGUGAUAGAUGCGUCACAGCUAACGCCUAGUACAGAAACUGUUGUUUCCAUGGGUGAUGAUGAAAAGCCUCUGACCCCAUAGGUAGUUAUUGUUUCAAUUUAAAAAUAUUUAAAAGACGUCAAAGAUCGUCUUUAUAUACAUUACUUGGUUAAAGUAAUUGUUUCAAUUUUUUGCCUGGUUUCUGUAUUGCAAAGCAAAGUCAAUACUGGAAUUAUGAAUAUAUAACCAGGUUUUACUAUGAAAUUGAUAGUCAUUGAUUGACUCGAAGUUUAGUUUUCCAUGAGAUAUUAUUUUUAGUAUGAUUUCCAAUACGACGUAGCAAGGGGUGUUAMGAAGUCAAUCAAUGUUUUAUUAUGAAUAAUAUUUCACUGUUGCACACUUUGGUAGUCGCUUGUUUCAUUACCCUCGAGAAUAAAGUGUUUCACGGGUUUUUGUGCGAAGUGAAGACAUAUAACCGUGAAACAAAAUGAAAUUGUUAGGUAUGGUAGUGAAAGAUAUACCCGAGAUCAUGAAAUUAACGAUUGCUAGAGUGUCAUAGUCUAAUUUAUUGGUUAAUUGACUCUACAAAUUGGUGUAAUUGUGGCUAUUCCCAAUAGCUUUUAUAUUGCGAUAAACGUUAUGGAGUUUAAAAGACAUUCCUUCAAGAAUAGUAGAUUUAUUCUUUAUAAAAAGGUGUAAUUGUAGCUAUUAUAGCUUUUAUAUUGCGAUAAACGUUAUGGAGUUUAAAAGACAUUCCUUCAAGAAAAGUAGAUUUAUCCUUUAUAAAAAGGUGUAAUUGUAGCUACUAUAGCUUUUAUGUUGUGAUAACCGUUAUGGAGUUAAAAAAAAUCCUUCAAGAAUAGAUUUAUCCUUGGAAUGAUGUGGGAAGCUUAGAAGCACUACACUAGGAUUUGCUUAAGUAGAGCUAAGUAGCUCCCUGAAAAGAAGUAAUAUGUUCCUUAUUUAUAUAUCGACUGUCAAGAUAGAUUCAAGUCAUUAGUCACUAAUUCGCGCCAUUAGAUUUUUUUCCUUAAAUCCGUGAAACGCACUUUAUCRUAUUUUGUAAUAUUAUACUUUGGUUCUUUUUUAUUCUACUGUCUUAACGGAUUAUUACGAUUUAUUAAUGUUUCACGGUUUAGGAACGCAUUCUAAAAGAAUUUCUUUUUAUAUUUAUUGUACAGCAGGUUAUUGAUGCAUGAGUAUUGUUCUCUUGUAAUUCCAGUUAACUUAUCAUAGACAUAAUUGAAGUAGAAUAAUUGGGGAUUAUGGAUUAUCACUGGGUAUAAAAGAAAAAUAAAAUGAAUCCAUUGAAAA